CCCGCAACGAGAAAGAAAAGGAAAGAAUUCUUCUUCCUCUUGUCCUUGAUUGUGAAAAUGGGCACUGCGAUUCUCCACCCCCAAAACUGUCUCGGCAACCGGUUCCGCCGCGAAAUCAUGGCGCCUGGUUUCAAACCUCGGCGACAUCCUAAUGCUAACCUCGAAAGCACUAACUCCAACCACGGUUUCUCUCAGUCUCGCCGUCGAAAGCGGAGUGCGUUAGGCCUCCGAUCCAAUCAGCCGUCUCGAUCGGAACCUAUGGUGGCGAAAUUACCGUCUAGGAAUCUGGUCAUGGGCCAGGUCAAGAUCCUGAAGCGCGGGGAGACUUUGGCGCCUGCAGCGAAGAAGACCGAUCAUCGAGGGAUAUAUGGUGGGGGAACAACGUCCAGUAGAGGUGGCGACUUGGAUCUGACUUUGGGAUCCACGGAUCGGUUGGGUCCAGAUCCGGAAACGAUGCAGAAGCAACUUAGGGUUAUGGAUUUGAAGGUUGGGGAUGGUGUUUAUGCUGGAUCCGCUUUUUUCUCUUCUCCUCCACCGAGUUCGUUGCCAGUUCCCGGUUUCCUGGGGAUAAACGGCAAAGGUUCCACCCAACCAGUUUCCGCCGGUAACUGAGGGUCAACCAGUUUCACCAGUUUCCUGGGGAAAUUGUUUGCGUUGCGUUUAAAUCUCAUGGUCUUCCUUUAUUUUUUCAAGAGGGAGGUUAUUGAGUGCAAGAAUCAAAAAACUUGUACUGCUUUGAUCGAUAUCUGGUCGAUCGAGUAGCAAACAUCAGAUUAAAUCAGUUGUUGCUGGAUCAGAGGAAAAGUUAGGUACUGGUUUCCCCACAACAGCUAGAAAUCUGUAUGUAGCCUAUAUACGUUUAGCCUCAUAGCAACAGUUUGUUUGGGAGUGGGUGGUAUGUUGUUUUUAGUUUUUCUAUAUGGACUUAAUCGGUGUGUGUUCAGAGUUUGUAUCCCACUAUCCUCUGUAUUUCAGUAUUGAAUGAUAUCUCAGUUUUAGUAAAACAAAUUGCAAGUU